AUGGCUCCCACAUCACAUCGCCCUCGCAAGAAGAGAAGGGAAGACCAGGUUUCUGGUCCUCGCAGUAAUGCCUUGAUCGUUACAGAUGCAGAGACCAAGCAGCAGAAGCCAGCUUUCCCCCUGGUAUCUUUCUUACUGCCCGCAAGNGGGACAGUGUCACAAUGGAUUGUGAUGCCGCUCAUCNNCCUCAUGACUGUAGGACUUUUCAGGUGGGCCACUGGCUUCUGGGGCUAUUCUGUUGGGCUCUUGNNCGGCAACUUCAUCAAUCCAUCAUGGUUCGCACUGAAAAGUUCACGGGGGCUCGAUGACCCUGAUUUGAAGAUCUUCAUGCGUGCCACAGUCAUCGUCUCAGAGUAUCUCAUCCUGGUGCCAGCGGCAGUCAUCUUCAUCCGUCACAUGAGCAAGCUCUGCGGCAUUACAACAUGGGAAUCUUCAGUUGCCCUCACUGCUGUACUCAUGCAACCUGCGACGAUGCUCAUUGACCACGGACACUUUCAAUAUAAUACUGUUAUGCUUGGCUUGAUGCUUGCGUCCAUGUCAAGUAUGCUUGCAGGCCGUCAUCUUUGGAGUUGCGUGUACUUUGUUGCAGCGCUUGGCUUCAAGCAAAUGGCUCUNUUCUAUGCACCCGCUGUGUUUGCUUACUUACUGGGAAUCUGUGUCUUCCCUCGCAUCAACAUCGGUAGGCUGAUGAGCAUAGCUAUCAUCACCAUCGUCUCCUUUGCAGCUCUGUUCUUGCCGUUCCUCUUGAGCAUCGCUUACGACUCUUGGAAAGGCGUAUUCUUGCCAUUUGAUGCACAAGCUCCUCCGCUACUUGAGAACCUUCCGAUCCAGAUUUCGACCAAGGCAUGGUACUAUCCAUUUAUUUUCCAGCUUGCACAAUCUAUUCACCGUAUCUUCCCCUUUUCGCGCGGACUUUUCGAGGACAAGGUGGCAAACAUCUGGUGUGCCGUGCAUGCAUCCGGACUGCACAAGCUGCAUCGAUACGACUCAAGUCUUCUGUCGAGGGCAGCACUCGGGCUUACUAGCCUGUCAAUUCUCCCACCAUGCUUGGUCAUCUUCCUCAAGCCGAAGAAGGAGCUUGUGCCAUGGGCACUGGCAACUACAGCGUGGGGCUUCUUCCUUUGCAGCUACCAAGUGCACGAAAAGAACGUCUUGCUGCCAUUAUUACCAAUGACGAUGCUCAUGGCUGGACAUGGCGGACUAAGACCCGAUUUGCGAGCGUGGAUUGGAUUUGCCAACACCUUGGCUUGCUGGACCAUGUUCCCUCUGCUUAAAAGGGACGAACUUAGGAUCCCUUACUUCGUCUUGACUCUUCUUUGGGCAUACCUCAUGGGUCUCCCGCCAACAUCGCUUGCGGCCUACUCUGGAGAGCAAGGUGUCUGGUUGUCAUUACCCGUCAAGGCAGUGCACCUUCUGUUCUACGUAGCAAUGAUGGGUUGGCAUGUUGCCGAGGGGUUUGUGCAGGCGCCAGCCAACAUGCCCGAUCUUUGGGUUGUAGGCAAUGUCUGUGUAGGAGCUGCAGGAUUCGGCUUGUGCUAUCUGUGGUGUCUGUGGCACCUUGUAGCAGAAAGCAGGUUGUUGCAAUUUGGGAAGACAUCAGACGACAAGCAGAAGACGUUAUAG